AUGGCUGAACCCACUAUCAUAUUGCAACUAGAAGAUUGGGCGGGCACUACAGACCCGAAGGAGCGGAGGAGAAGGCAGAACAGGUUGAAUCAGAGAGCCCGAAAAUCGUCAAUUCGACUCAUUUCCCGCCUGGAGGCCGCAGCAUGUGCAGAGUACGCCUUGGGUACGCCGCGUACAGAUCUACUCCUUGGACUUGUCCAACUGAAUGUCCUCCGGGCAUUGAUCGUCAACAUUGAUGUCCUGGGGUUCUCAGCGGCCGAGAUGCAUGACGAUGCGCUGUCUCCGUUUUCCACUGCGGGGCCAUGGCAUACAGCACACACUAAGAACCAGUUACCCGCGGCCCUAAUGCCGACUUCUUUACAGCGCUCAGUCUGUCACCAUCCUUGGCUUGAUUUACUUCCCAUUCCCCAACUGCGGGAUAACUUACUACGGGCCUCUCUUCCCCUAGACGAGGAUGAGCUUUGCCAUGAUUUGUGCGGAUUCCGGAGUGCGGCAGAGGGACUUUCCGGAGUCAUUGUCUGGAAGGAUCCAUGGGAUCCUACGGGAUGGGAGAUUACCGGGACGUUCUUACGCCGAUGGGGUGGGAUGUUAAAGGAGUGUUGGGGUCUCUUCCAGUCUACGAAUUACUGGCGGGCGAGGCGGGGCGAGAGUCGGCUUAGUUGUGCUACGUGGGCUCUGGCGUGUAAGGAGACCUAA